AUGAUGAGAGGCGUGUCAGGCGGGGAGCGGAAGCGCGUGUCUGUGGGGCACGAGCUGCUGAUCGACCCCGCAUUCCUACUGCUAGACGAGCCCACAAGCGGCCUUGACGCCACCACUGCCAUGAACCUGCUGACGACCCUGAGGCUGCUGGCGCAAGGCGGCCGCACGGUGCUGACGACCAUCCACCAGCCCUCCAGCCGCAUCUACAGGCAGCUGGACAAUGUACUGCUACUGAGCGAGGGCCACACAAUGUACUACGGGUCGGGAAAGCUUGCCAUCGAGUGGUUCGGCAAGCUGCACUACAGGUGCCCGUAUGGGGUCAACAUCGCGGACUACAUUUUGGACUUGGCUAACGGCGACAUGCUGGCCGAUGGCAGCCGCGACGACGAAGCCAGAGAGGGGCUCAUCGCAAGGUACCGAUACUUUGGGGACUCGCACCCCAAUGGCCUGCAGAGCGAGUCCGAGCUUGAGGGCGCCGACCUGCCGACGAGCGUCAAGAGCCUCGACGAGGACGCGGCCGUCCUGCAGGUCAAGGUCACGGAUGGACGGAACGUGGAGCCUCUGGAGGAGGCCGACUCGCCGGUGAAGAAGUCCGAUCGGUGGGGCGCCAGCUACGGGGGCCAGAUCGCCAUUCUGUUCCAGCGUUGCGUGAAGGUUCGGCGCACGGACGCCCUUGGACUGCAGAACUACCUGCGGCUGCUGCUGGUCGCCGCGAUCGCAGGCAUCUUGUGGUGGCAGGUCGGUGGCGACGACACCCUGUUGGCAGCCUCUGACGUCAUCGGCCUCCUGUUCUUCGAGAUGCUCUUCAUGUCCUUCUACGCCAUGUUCCGCGCCCUCUUCACCUUCCCCAACGACUUCAACAUGAUGCUCAAGGAGCGCCGCAGCGGCAUGUACCGCCUGUCCACCUUCUACAUCGCCCGCACGCUCUCCGACCUGCCCAUGGACUGCACCAUCCCCACGCUCUUCGUCAUAAUCGUCUACUGGUCCACCGGCCUGAGGGUCACCGCGGGGGCCUUCUUCGCCAACUGGCUGUCCAUCAUGCUGGUCACCCUCGUGGGCCAGAGCCUGGGCAUGCUCAUAGGAGCCGCUGUGAUGGACGUCCAGCAGGCCCAGACCAUCACCAGCGUGCUCAUGCUCGGCCUGAUGCUGGUGGGAGGCUUCUACGUGAGGGACGUGCCUGACUGGGUGGGGUGGCUAAAGUACGGCAGCUUCAUGUGGUGGGGCUUCAGCCUGCUGAACAAGAUAGAGUUUGGGGACAGGUCUUUCGUGGACUGUGGGGGCCUGGGAGAGGCCACAGACGGGCCGGUGCAGUGCGUGCCUGUGGACAGCCUGAAGGAGGCGCUCAACCUGCCCACGGACGUCAACGACAGCGUCUGGCCAGAGGUGACCUUCCUUCUGUCCUUGCUGGUCGUCACGAGGGCGGUGAUCUACUACGUGUUGCAGAGGAAGACCCGCUCCUGA